GUUUGUCUGUAACUCUAAUUUUUUAUUUGAUGAGUUGAGUUUUAUUUGAUUAUUAUCUAUUAAUCUGUGGAGUUGAGUUUGAUUAGGCAAUUUGUCAUUCCUGUAUUUAUUUCUUUGUCAAGAUAAUUAAUUUUUAAAAGGAACAAUAUGAAACCAGUAUUGUACAGUUAAACAAGUGUAUAAGUGUUAGCAACUAACGUGACUAAUCAGUUAAGAUAUCGCAGUGCGUUUGUGUCCAAAUUAUGUGAUCACUAAACACUUUCUCUUCGCCGAUCGAGAAGUAACAUCAAGAAUGCAGGACAAUAUGUUUCAGUCUUUAGCAGCCAACAUUUCGAAUGGGACCAACGACGAGGGCUGUAUGCUCCUGAACACAUCGCAGAGUGUAAUAAUUACGGGGGCGUACAAUGGGAUACCGCAAACUUUGAUUCUUAACGUGAUAUCAUGGACAUGUUUGAUAUUAUUGUUUACGGUUCUGCGGCGCACGGCGUGGAACUACGGGCGUAUGGCGCUCGUGCAGCGGUCGAAGAGCAGGUGGACGAAUUUGUUUUACCGCGGCGGAGAUAACGACGCUUUGGUAGAGAGACGACGGAGUGCAGACGAGUCUCUGAGCAUCGACGAAGGGUUCUUCGCCUGGCUGCCGGCCGUGUUCCGCCUUACCCGCGAGCACGUCCUCGCUAAAUGCGGCCCAGAUGCCGUCCACUACCUCUCCUUCCAGAGACACGCGAUAACGCUUAUGUUCAUCGUCACGUUAGUCUCCAUAGGUAUAAUUUUACCAAUCAACUUCCAAGGAUCAUACCAACUGGACGCAAACACGUUCAGUCGCACUACUCUAUCCAACAUAAACGGGCAAUCGCCUUGGCUAUGGGUACAUACACUGAUGAGUAUUUUAUUUUUGCCUAUAUCAGUUCUAAUCAUGAGAAGAUGCACUGGCAGGAAACCAGUCCCCACCUCGAUGACUGGUACUAUUAUGAUUACAAACAUUUCGAGAGCUGAUAGAAACGAGGCCACUAUACGAGGAUAUUUUACACACAACUUCCCACACAUACAAAUUGUGGAUCUCCGCCUUGCUUACAACAUCAACAAGUUGAAUGAAGUACAAGAGAAGAAGGAAAUGGUGAGUGAAGCUCUGAUAUACACAGAUACAUAUUUCAGGAAGACGGGAAAGAGGAUUACUGUCAAACCAACUCUUUGCGGGCCUGAAGUUGAUGCCUUAGAAUAUUACACAGUGGAAGAGAAACGUCUCAAAGAUGAGGCCAAAAGAUGUAAAGCUAUGGUCCUCAAUGACCCGUUAGGCAUUGCUUUCUUAACUCUACCUUCCUACCAACUCGCUGAGCAUGUCAUCAACCAUUUUAGCUUACAUAGGGGUUGGGUUUUAACCCAUGCCACAAACCCAUCUGAUAUUAUUUGGGAGAAUUUAUCAGUGCAGCCCGGUAUCUGGUAUGUCAAGGCCAUCUUAAUCAAUUGUUGCCUUUUCAUAGUCCUGUUCUUCUUGACAACACCAGCUUUUAUUGUUAACCUCUUUAGAACAGUGGUUGUAAAGCCAGAGAGCUUGGACCGCAUCAGCACCGUGAUUUUCGAGUUCCUACCGACUUUGCUCCUGUGGACUAUGGCAGCAGUGAUGCCAGCAAUUGUGGCAUUCUCCGAUAAGUUCCUUUCACAUUGGACUAAAUCUCAACAGAACUACUCCAUUAUGACCAAAACUACAUCAUAUCUGUUACUUAUGACUUUAAUUCUGCCAUCAUUAGGGCUGGCCAGUGCAGAUGCCUUAUUGCGGUGGACGUGGCACCACGAAAACGACACAAUGCGAUGGGAAUGUGUCUUCCUCCCUGACAAGGGUGCUUUCUUUGUAAAUUAUGUGAUCACCUCAGGUUUCAUUGGUACAGCGCUGGAGUUGAUUCGUUUCCCGGAGUUGUUCCUCUAUGUUUGGUAUCUUUUGCAGUCUAAAUCAAAAGCUGAAAAAAGUUAUGUAAAGAAGGCUAUCCUAUACGAAUUCCCGUUCGGAGUUCAUUAUGCUUGGAGUCUGGCUGUUUUUUCGAUAACCAUGGUGUACAGUCUGGCCUGCCCUCUCGUGGCUCCGUUUGGGCUCAUAUACUUCUGUUUGAAACAUGUCGGGGAUAAGCAUAAUCUGUACUUCGCUUAUGGGCCCUGUGAUAUGAGUGGGGUUGGCGGGGGGAGGAUUCACGCGACUGCAGUUAGAUUAAUUCGUAUGUCAGUGUUGCUGUUGUUAAUCAACAUGGCGGCAUGGGCCGGGCUGCGGGCAGGGUUUGAAGCGCGAACGAUUAUUUUAAUAAUGGCGUCCAUUGUUGCGUUCGGCACGUUCUUGUUACUGAGUCCCUUCCCUAGCUGCACUCCACCGGCGCCCCUGCAAACGGAGACCACUGUACGGUUCCCGGAGUACGUGGCGCCCGUGCUAGCGAAGCCCUUGGACACUCCGCCCACUUCGUCGCCGUCUACCCCUGACUAUGGCGCUUCGUCACCAGUCGUCAACCUCUCGUACAGCCCGGACCCAAUCAACAUAUAAUGCUUUGUCUAUUAAAUAUAAUCCCUGGUGGAUUCAUAUCACAAGAUAAAAGAAAAUAUCUUUGAGAUAUCGGUCCUGUUUUGUGAUAUUGACUAAUGCAAAGAGUAAUGUAUUUUUAGCAAUGUAAAUAAAUAAUGCAAUAUUUUUUUAUACAUCGAUGUAGUCCUACACGUGAGGGAAUUCUUAAAAUCUUAACCAUUCUUUUUGAUUCCUUAUAUAGUUUGCUUUAUAACUGCACCGUCAUAAUAUUAUAUAAUAUGUUGCACAUAACUUUUUUAAAAAGAAACUUUAACAUUUUAGUACCUAAUCAAAAUGUUUUACGAUAUUUCUGAAGUAAUGUGUUUUGCGCUAAAUUUUGUAUUACUUGUAUAGUAUAAUAAUUUGUUUGUGAUAUAUAAUUCUAAAAGCUAUAUUUUUGGAUCAGCCCGCAUUGUUCUUUGUAUGAAUUUAAUCAAGUAAACUGUAAGACCAUUAGAUCAUUUUGUUUAUAAAUCAGACAGCCGAUGUUAGAGACGUCAGCGACCAUAUCUGCUUUAGCUGAUUAUAAUAAUGUAAUAUAUUUGUAUCUAUGUAUAAUAUUAUCAGUAGAUAUAUAAUAUACCUACGAUCGUAUCUAUUAGGGACAAUAAACAAUACACUCUUUUUUUGGCGAUGUCUUCGCGAUGUGUAUUAAAAAAAUGUUGAAAUGAAUCAUUUUACAUUCCCUAUUGUAAACAUGAGAAACCUUUUAUCUGCACCUAAAGAUAAUAUUUUUUUUAAAUUAUUUUACUAAGAUAACUUUAAACUUCAGUACUGAAAUGAUAUAAAUCGGAAUUAAAUUCCUUACUUGAAAAUAUUACAUAGAGCAUUUGUUUGAAAAAAAAAUUCUUGCCUUGUGCUGCUUUUCUAUUAUAGACGUCACGUGAAAUUCUUACUUGGUUUUCUUGCAUCCGACCUUUCAUGUAGCAACGCUUAUAUUAUAUUGCUCCAGACUUGAAAAUGAAAAAACCAAAUGAAAAUCUGAUCAAAUCACAUACAAUGACACACAAGAGUAUUCUUUUGUAUUUUGUUUACUAACUUGAUUUUUAGUAAUUUAAUUUAUUUUAAAGUAAACAAAAAGAAAAAAAAAUACAAAGGGUUGCACUCCGGGAGUGCCGGCAGAAACGAAAACUUUAUUCAUCUCAGUCGUCGCAGAAUUACUUGGAAGUAUUUUGCAUUGAAGUUUCAGAUUGAAAUAUUUAAUCUGAAAUUUUAUUAUAUUUGAAAGUUAGAUUAGGCAUUUUCAUUGUUUAUUUUAAUGUCCGGCAAUCAAAUACAAUCAAAAUUAUUACAUCGCAAGUCGUAUGUUACAACAAACAUUUUGUUACCAAUUUCACAUUGUGGUUAAGAAUAUAUUUGCGGCGUGGCCGAUGUAUUACCAAUAUUAGUAGAAUACGGAUCAGGGUCACGGUCACGUGACAUGAUAGUUCAUAAAAUAAGGUGCAAAAUGGGUCUGUAUGUUUUCUACAAAACUAGUAAACGUAAGGCUGUGUAAAUUAGAUAUUAAGGUCGAAGAUUCGAACCUUACUCUACCAGAAUGAAACGAAGCCAUGAAAGUGAAGCCAUAUUUAUAGUGUGAAAUACAUAACGACCAACGCAUUCACUCGGAUCUAAUAGAAAAUGCGCGUUAAUACCAGAUAUAUAAAGCGAAAGCGAUACUAUAAAUAAAAUAAAAUAGAUAGGUAACUAUAGUAGAUAUUGUUACUACAAGUGUCUCAUCGAAGGUCAGGUUUUUUCAAUUCAGAAUGUAUUACUUUCAUUGAAUAGGAACUUUAUUUUCGUUCCGACGUUUGACAAAGUAUGUACCUACCUACUAAAUACCGUGCUAAGAAACUUGAUUUCGGUUACCAAGUUUCUUAAUGACACAUACUAUUAUGAUAGCGAUGACGUAAACAAGUUUGAUCAAACGGCAUUGACUAAAACCUGAGGUUGCGUCAAAGGAUUUUGAACUUCUGGCCUUGAUUUUAGUGCUUUUUGGAGUAUACGUUUUAACAAUCGAUAAAAGUUUACGUCUUAACAAUCGAUUUUAUUAUAUAGCACAAGGUACGCAAAUAACAUGCAGAUUAUAAUCAAACGCUACAAAUACGAAGUCACUUUUAGUAUCGCGCUACGUGUUCGUGCAACUUGCGCUGGAAUCGUAAUUAUACGUUUUUUAUGUAACGUGAUUUAUGUAAUAAUCCUAUAAAAUUAAAUAGAACAUGCUUUCAGUAUUUGGCCAAUUCUGAUUGAACGAAAAAAAUCUUCGUGCAUUAUUCUUGCCCAUUAAUAUUGUGUAACCAUGAAACAUGAUGCUGGCAGGGGUCGCAAACAUUUUCUCUUGUUGCUUGCUCUCUCUCUCUUGACUCAUAUCCUGAGUAUCAGGGCUCCUCAUUGAAAUUCCCAAAAUCCCCGCCAGCACGUCAAAAUCUAAAAGUUUGAGCAUAUUAUAAAUGCCAAAGCACGCACGCACUCUUGCCCAUCGGUGUUAAUAGCGACCAAAGAAUGCUCGAGCUUGCGGGAGGAGACUUCCAUUAAGUUUGAAUUGACCUUAAAGAGGCGUUAAUAUCUCUAUUUUAUCUUUAGGAAAUAGCCUGUCGGAAUAAAAUUUUCCUUUUAAAUACAUCGCGUCUUUGCUUCAAUAGAGUGAAUAUAAAUAAAGUUGACCAUUUUACGAGAGGCUAUUUUUUAAGUUAAAAAACUAAUGUUAUUUUCGAGUAAAUUUAAAAUUGUGGUACCUACUUGAAAACACAAUAGUUUUGACAAUAUACAUUUUAAUAUGUGGCUGUCAGCCGUGAUACAUUUAUAUGGUGACGGCGAGUUCAUUUAUAAUACUCUUUACGUAUGUUGUAUGAAAAAUAAUCUUAAAAACUAGUCAUCACGGGUAGCUGUGAUCGGAGACUUUUUUGCCAAAAAAUUAAAACAGUGAUGCUUCCCUGAGGACACAUUACGAACCUUUAUUGUAGAAUGAUAUUUCCAUUUUGUCUAACAUGUACUUACAAGUAUAGUGCCUAUCAUAGUAGAAAACCGUGUGCACGCCACUGAUAUCAAACAAUUACAAAACUGGCUAACUUAAUUCAAAUUGAAUGCAGGCAGUGAUAAAUUACUUCACAUAAUAAAAAAAAUCCCUCUAAACCUUUUUAAUUUAUUUAACUUAUAAACAUCUUAAAGUAUGAAACGUAACUAGCUAGGCGCCUUACCAAUUAUUGCCUGUAAGUUGAAACCAAUUUUUCUGUAAAAUCUGGUGGUGUUUUAAUUUGUGACAAUGUAAUAAAUAAUAAUAUUAGACAGUCGUGGAAACAGCCGACAAAAGUAAAAAAAAAAAUAUAUAAAAAUAACUGUGUUAUUUAGUUUUUAAAUGGAUUGUAGUAAUUUACUUAUAUCAUAUUAUUUUUGUAAUUCGAUAAAAAAGAUUACUAAUCCCUGGAUAUGUUAAUCGUAUAACGUAAACUCAAUUCGAUCCAAAAAAAAAAACUAAAUUGAAACGUAACUUCAUAUUUCACACCAGGAAUUCAUCGUUUUAUAGCCACCAUAGUCCUAACUGGACCAUGGUGGCUUUGGGAGGAAGUGGAUUCUAAGUAGAAGACGUAUUAUUGUCAACAUUUUCCGUACUUGUACGUAAAUAGCGUUAGUACUGGUACGUGGUAUUAAUUACUUUACUGGUGUCCCAUAAAUAUGAUACAGGAUGAUAGCUAACAUGAAGGCAUACUUUAAUAACGAAAUAUAUUAUCGGUCUUUAAGUUAUAUUGAUUAUUCUACAAUACAAAAAAUACAGAAGCGUAUUAUAUACCUAAUGACUAAAAUAAUCGGCUAAUAUAUUUCAAUUUCGUUAUUUUAGUAGGCCUUGAUGUCCACUAUCACCCUGUCAGUAUGUCGUGCUAUAUACGGGACAUCCUGUGUAUGCUUAAAAGAAAUAUUCUGUUGUUUAUAUUAUUGUCUCGAACUUACAACUAAAACUUUCUAACUAACUAAAACGUGAUUUUGAGAACAUUUCACGUCUUAACAAUUAUUUUGAAAUAAACGGAAAAAAUAAAGUCCUAUUUAGGAACUAUUUUUUUUUCUUGUAAUAGUCCUGUGGUCCAGUCGCAUUAAUAUAAAAGCUUAUUUCAGUAUUUUUUCUGAAAUAUGUACUGCAGGAUACAUCACAAAAUAUGAGGGUACCAAUUUCUUUUGUUAUUAUGUCCUACAAAUCAACUACUUUGUAGUUAAAUUACAACCCUAAUUUCUUAGGAUACUAUAUAUUUAUAAUCAAUAGGCAAAAUUGAUUUACAUAAAAUAUAAAUGUACAUAAUUAUUAUAUUUAUAAAGAUCAUUAUUAUUUUGUGAUUAUCACGGCGGCUGUCUUCUAGUUAUUGUACGCUUAAAUACACUUUUAUAAUAUAUAAUUAUUAUUUAGUUUAAUAAUCUUUUUUGUAAAUAAUGUUACAGAUGAUUUAUUUUUGUUUAUAUGUACCUAUUGCAGAUAUAUUUUAAUUUUAUACAUAGAAAGAUUGUGUUAUUAAUAAUGCUAUCACCAUCAAUGUAGUUCAUUGUUUUAAUAAAUAAAUGACAUCUUCAAUAUGA